CGGGCGGCGCAGAGAACGCCGGGGCCACGCUUGGGCUGCUGGGAAGGGGCGGAGCGCGGCCGCGCCGGCGCGUCGAGCCAGAAGCAGCCGCCGGGAUGGACGUGUUUCUCAUGAUCCGGCGUCACAAGACCACCAUCUUCACGGACGCCAAGGAAUCGAGCACCGUGUUCGAGCUGAAGCGCAUCGUCGAAGGCAUCCUUAAGCGGCCGCCGGACGAGCAGCGGCUGUAUAAGGAUGACCAGCUCCUCGAUGACGGAAAAACUCUGGGCGAGUGUGGCUUCACUAGCCAGACAGCACGGCCACAGGCCCCAGCCACAGUGGGCCUGGCCUUCCGAGCAGAUGAUGCCUUUGAAGCCCUGCGCAUUGAGCCCUUCUCCAGUCCUCCAGAGCUUCCAGAUGUUAUGAAGCCACAGGAUUCUGGAGGAAGUGCCAAUGAACAAGCUGUGCAGUGAGGGCCCCAGGCCCCACCCCCUAGAGACCCAUUUCCCCAAUAAAAAAAAAGAUUUGGCUGUC